AUGGCACAACAACAAGAAAUUUACGACUAUCUUCGAUCGGUCGACUGCUGUAAGGUAUGCUGUUUGCGGUUCCUGAAAGCCACAAAGGAGGACUUUAUGGACAUCGAUGCCGCAUUGCUGAAGCGUGGUCUGGAACCAAAAAGUGAGCAUCAACAAGCGAAAAAGUUGAAGGAAAAUGUUUGCAUUGCAUGUCUGGGACUAUUCGACCUGGACCGCAUUGCCACGUUAGCCUGCGAAGUGAAAGAGAACGAGACCUACCAGCAAUAUCAGUGUGAAGCAGGAUUUCUUACCUCUAUUUCACUGCCGAUUGUGCUUCAUCUGCGACAGCUUGCACUGUGGCUGGAUAUGUUGGACCGAUUUCCACAAGUAUUUUCUGCCACAAAUCCGCCCGACAUAGCGGUGAAAGAUGCGCUCAAGAUGAUCAUUAUACACCAGCUCGAAAAGACACUCGGCAAACCAUUUUCCGUGGAUGGUGUGAUGAUAAACGUUCCGUACAGUUACGUCAACGAGCAAGAAGAGCUAAGCACGCUGGAGCUAGUAAGUCCGGGUGUGUUUGCUAGUCGGAAAAGCAACAAACAUACCAAGAAAGAAUUCAUUUCACGCAAUGCUUUUGAAAAACACUUCACACCGGAUGUUAUCAACAAGGAACGUUUCCGGAAACACUACUCGGUGCCACCCGUUUCCAAGGAGGAGGUUGGUUUGGUGCGUGGGGAGCUUUCGUUUACCGGGCCAACCAUUUUCCUAGCCGGUCGGUACAAUAAGUUUUCCCGCGAGCUUAGCCAAACACCGUGGAUGAUUGACGGGAAGCGCAAGAUGGAGGGCAGUGUGCAGGAAACGAUUGCGGCCAGCAUUGCACCACACUUUGGUGUUUCUGAGGAGCAGCUGAUUUUUUCCUCCAGCGGACGGGAAGACGUCGAUGUGCGCUGUCUCGGCGAAGGUCGGCCGUUUGUGUUGGAGAUAAUCGAUGCGAAAAUGGACCAGUUACCGGAGGAAGUAGCGAUCCGGAUGGAGCAACAGGUAGGAACUUCGAAAACGGUAGCGAUAAGAGAUGUUCAGCUGGUGAAGCGUGAUGAUCUGGUACACAUAAGGGGUGGGGAAGAGGACAAGCGUAAGUUUUACCGUGCUCUGUGCGUCACGACGAAUGAACCAGUCACGCAGGCAAUGGUUCAAAAGUUACGCAUAGACGAACCGUUCGUAAUGCAACAGGUUACGCCGUUAAGGGUGCUUCAUAGGAGAACGCUACUGGCACGACCGAGGACAGUGUACAGCGUGCGGGCGUUUGCAUGCCGGGAGAAUCCUUACGCAAUGGUGGUGGACAUUGUUUCACAGGCUGGUACGUACAUCAAGGAGCUGGUGCACAGUGAUUUCGGACGCACGGGACCAAGCUUUCGAAGCAUCAUAGGGACAGCAAUCGAUAUUCAUGCGCUGGACGUGAUGGCGAUUGAUUUGGAUUGGCCCAAGAAGUUGAGACGGCCAGGGGAAGGAGAAAAUUAA